UUAAAUUGUGGUCUGUGUGUGUUUUGAUUAAAAAAAAGUGAUAAAUUUAAAUUUCAAAAGAUUUUAUAUCAGAUUAAAUAAAUUUGAUUAAAUAAAUAUUAAAGAAAAAUGUUAUUGAAAGUCAAAAUUUCACGAAUACUUUGCAUUUUUGCUAUUCUCCUUCUUAUCUCACCUUCUCCCACACUCUCUGUCCGACAGCCCAAAACCUCAAAUAACAUGGCCGACACGCACUUCAACAAAGGUUUGGAGACAUUUGGAGUUCGCCUAUUCUCGGAAUUGGUGAAGACCAAUCGUCAGAAAAAUAUUGUCUUUUCGCCCUUCUCCAUACAAACAUGCAUUGCCAUGGCACGUAUGGGAGCCGAGGGUAAGACAGCUCUCGAAAUGGAUGAGGGCUUGGCAUUAGCUGCCCAAAAUCCCGAAGACAUGGCAAAUAAUUAUCACGCAAUAUUGGCCAUAUACGAAAAUAGUCCCAUUCUUAAAAUAGCCAACAAGAUUUAUGUCAUGCAAAACUAUGAAGUGCAGGAGAAAUUCAAUGAAUUGUUAACCAAGCAAUUCUUUUCAUCGGCUGAGUCUCUUAACUUUGCUAAUAGCGAUUCAGCUGCCAAGACCAUAAACACUUGGGUUGAAGGUAAAACCAAUAAUUUGAUUAAGGAUCUCGUUUCUCCUCAAGUAUUAAAUGCCGACACCCGUUUGGUCUUGGUUAAUGCUAUACACUUUAAGGGUGAAUGGGUGCAUCAAUUCCCCGAAAAGGAUACCAGAGAAAUGGAUUUCUAUUUGGAUGAGACCAACACCGUUAAAGUGCAAAUGAUGCAUAUAAAUAAACGUUUCCGUUAUGGAGAGUUACCAGCAUUAGAUGCAACUGCCUUGGAAAUGCCCUACAAAGAUUCGGAUCUUUCCAUGCUGAUCAUUUUACCCAAUUCGCGUACCGGUUUGGCGGAUUUGGAGGAGAAAUUAAAAAAUGUUUCUCUGCCCGAUUUAACCCAACAUAUGUAUUCGACAAAGGUUAUUGUGGAUAUGCCCAAAUUCAAGGCUGAAUUUGAAGUUGAAUUGGCAGAGCCCUUGAAAAAGUUGGGCAUGAGCCGCAUGUUUUCAAGUGAUGCUGAGUUUGGCAAAAUGUUAAAAUCCAACGAACCCUUGCAAGUUUCCAAGGUUAUUCAUAAGGCUUUCAUUGAGGUCAAUGAAAAGGGCACUGAAGCUGCUGCUGCUACCGGCAUGACCAUGCAGUUGUACUCGAUUCCUCAACCACCCAAAAAUUUUAAUAUCAAUAGGCCAUUUUAUUGGACCUUGAUGAAUGCAAAUAAAGUGGCAAUAUUUAAAGGAAAUGUAAAACUAUUUUAAAGUAAAUCUUUUAAAAUUAUAUUAAUGAUGUAAUCGACAGUUUAAUGUCUUCCACUUUUCUUAAUACGAAAUUGGAUUUUGUACGAAUUUUUUUUAGAAAUUUUAUCUUAAAGUAAACUUUGGUGAAGGGUAUAUAUGAUUAAGACAAUUAAAAAAAAUUUAAAAAAUGGAAAAGU